AUGAUUGCUAGCAUUGCAUAUUACUGGUCAUCUACGAUGAUUGCUAACAUUGCAUAUUAUUGGUCAUCUAUGAUGACUGCUAGCAUUGCAUAUUAUUGGUCAUCUAUGAUGAUUGCUAGCAUUGCAUAUUAUUGGUCAUCUACGAUGAUUGCUAGCAUUGUAUAUUAUUGGUCAUCUACGAUGAUUGCUAGCAUUGCAUAUUAUUGGCCAUCUAUGAUGAUUGCUAGCAUUGCAUAUUAUCGUAAUACUGAUUGUCAGCAGUGCACUCUGUCAAUCAUAUGUGAAUUAACAUCUAGCUGUCCAGUUGCAAAUUUAUAUCAUCUUCUGCAACUAUUCUCAUAA